AUGGGAAGACUUUCACAACCCGCCACCGCCACUGCACAAGCCGCAAUCGACGGCCGCACCAGUGGCACCUCCCCGCAGAUCCCAGGAAUUGUAUACUGCGCAGUCGACAAGAGUGGAGAGUCCAUCUUCAACCAUGCCUCAGGCACAACAGCCCUGGGCGGGUCGUCACCGAUGACACUGGAUACGGUGUUUUGGCUUGCCUCGUGCACUAAGCUCAUCACGAGCAUUGCCUGCAUGCAACUAGUCGAGCGCGGAACACUCCUCUUAGACAGCAGCGAGCUGCUCGAAUCGUUUGCACCCGAGCUGAGGGAUGUGCAGGUGCUUGAGCGUGCACCAGAAGGAAUUCAGGGGUUCCGACUGGUUCCUAAGGAAAGAAGCAUUACGCUCCGGAUGUUAUUGAACCAUACAUCUGGGUUCGGAUACGCAUUCGAGGACUUCAAGUUGCGCGACUGGUCUCGUCCCGUUGGGCUGGAUGACUUCUCCGGGCAUGCGAGCGACGUACUGCUCCGUCCUUUGGUCAAUCAACCCGGAACGAAAUUCCAGUACGGGGUUGGGGUAGACUGGGUGGGCGUUGUUAUUGAACGAGCCACGGGCAUGUCGCUGGAGAAGUACUUUGAGCGUUUCAUUUUCCGGCCGCUGGGGAUCAGCAAUAUCAAGUUUUGUCCUACGGCUGAAAUGAAAGCUGCUUUGGCUACUAUGCACCAGCGGGCGGGCGAUGGGUCACUGAGCACUAGAGAUCAUCUUUACCGAGUUCCGCUGCUGCCACGGGGUUUGGAAGAUAAAGAUCGUUUUUGCAUGGGUGGCGCUGGAUGCUUUGGCACGCCGGUCGAAUACUGCAGAGUCAUAGCGACUGUGCUAAACAACGGAACGAGUCCUCAUACAGGGACGAAGCUUCUGAAACCUGAAACAGUGAAGGAAAUGUUUACGGAUCAAAUACCGGCCAUGCCCCGAAAAUGUAACGAAUAUACACCGACAGGGAAGCCAGAAAUCGCCAAUCCUACUCCGUUGGUACCCUGCCGAGACGACCUCACUGAGGGCUGGGGCCUUUCAUCAUCGUUGAGCCACACGCAGAGUCCUACUGGAAGGGCCGCUGGGUCGGGUUCGUGGGAAGGAGUGGCCAAUAUAUUCUGGUUUGCUGAUAGGGAGAAUGGAAUCGGUGGGAUCAUUGCAUCUCAGGUUCUUCCAUAUGGAGGUGAGAGACGUUACAAUAAGAAGACACGCAGGACAAACGCUCAUUAUCUCAUUUCAGAUCUGGAGGUGGUUGGCUGCUCAGAGGCGGUUGAGAAAAUCAUAUAUGACGAUCUUGGUGGAAAGUAG